GUGAACACAUGAAGGAUGAAUGAACUUUAAAUUUGCCUCACAACUUUGCCGUCUCUCUCUCUCCCAGUCCCUUUUUGGGGCGAAAGCACAGAAGACCGACAAUGGAUUUAUUACUGCAGCCACCGUCCAGUUGUGUAUGACCACAUUUUUGGGGAUUUCACUGAUUGCUUUUUUUUGUGUGUGUUUGUGUGUGUGGAUGCUCAUUAGCGUCGUGAGUCGAGAUGAUGGCAUCAAUCGGGGAAUUUGAUCCUCUCAACACCAGAGUCCCUGCAACUAAAAUAGAAGUUACCGUGUCGUGCCGGAGUCUACUGGAUGUGGACACAUUCUCCAAGUCUGAUCCUGUGGUUGUGCUCUAUGUGCAGGCGGUGGGAACCAAAGAAUGGAGGGAGUUUGGCAGGACGGAGGUGAUUGACAAUACGCUGAAUCCAGAUUUUGUCAGGAAGUUUGUGUUGGACUUCUUCUUUGAAGAGAAACAGAACCUGAGGUUUGAUGUGUACAACGUGGACUCCAGAAGCUGUAACAUUUCAAAACACGUAAGUAUGUCAAACUCAAAUGACAUUUUUGACUUUCUGGGCCAGACCUUCUGUACCCUUGGAGAAAUCAUCGGCUCAACAGGGGGGCACCUGGAGCGGACCCUCUCUGGGAUUCCAGGAAAGAAGUGUGGAGUCAUUAUCUUCACUGCCGAAGAGCUCAGUAACUGUAGGGACAUUGCUACCAUGCAGCUGUGUGCUAACAAGCUGGACAAGAAAGACUUCUUUGGCAAGUCGGACCCUUUCCUGGUUUUCUACCGGAGUAACGAGGAUGGGACAUUCACCAUCUGCCAUAAGACAGAGGUGAUCAAGAACACGCUGAACCCCGUGUGGCAGCCCUUCACCAUCCCUGUUAGAGCCCUCUGCAACGGCGACUAUGACAGAACAGUGAAAAUAGAUGUCUAUGACUGGGAUCGAGAUGGAAGCCACGACUUCAUCGGUGAGUUCACCACCAGCUACAGAGAGCUGUCUCGAGGGCAGAACCAGUUCAAUGUCUAUGAGGUUUUAAAUCCCAAGAAGAAAGGCAAAAAGAAGAAAUACAUCAACUCUGGGACCGUAACUCUGCUGUCCUUCAAAGUGGAGUCAGAGUACACCUUUGUGGAUUUCAUUCGAGGCGGAACACAACUCAACUUCACAGUAGCUAUAGACUUCACAGCAUCUAAUGGUAACCCGUCUCAGCCCACCUCCCUGCACUAUAUGAGUCCCUACCAAAUGAAUGCAUAUGCCAUGGCUCUGAAAGCAGUGGGGGAGAUUAUCCAGGACUACGACAGCGACAAGCUCUUCCCUGCCUAUGGCUUUGGAGCUAAGCUGCCCCCUGACGGCAAAGUCUCCCACGCAUUCCCACUGAGUGGAGACGCUGAUAAUCCCAACUGUGUGGGCAUCGAGGGCGUUCUGGAGGCGUACUUCCAGAGCCUGAGGACGGUGCAGCUGUAUGGACCCACCAACUUCGCACCUGUUAUCAACCAAGUGGCAAACUGUGCGGCAGAGAUUACAGAUGGCUCUCAGUAUUUUGUCCUGCUGAUGAUCACAGAUGGAGUGAUAUCUGACAUGGUCCAGACCAAGGAAGCUGUGGUCAAUGCAGCGUCACUCCCUGUGUCCAUCAUCAUUGUGGGUGUGGGGCCAGCUGAGUUUGACGCCAUGGAGGAGUUGGAUGGAGAUGAUGUUAGAGUAUCCUCCCGAGGACGUCUUGCAGAGAGAGACAUCGUACAGUUCGUUCCUUUCAGAGACUACAUCGACAGGUCUGGCAACCAAGUCCUGAGCAUGGCCCGGCUGGCCAAGGAUGUCUUGGCUGAGAUCCCCGAGCAGCUGCUGUCCUUCAUGAAGAGCAGAGGAAUUGAACCACGCCCGGCCAUCUCCUCCUCACCGCUGCCAGAGGUACACCGGCACAUCUGACACCGGCACAGCGGAUGCUCAUCACCGCCUCAAAGCCCUGACUCUUUCUCCCUACUCCCCUCCUCCUCCCUCUCCUCCUCAUCCACUCCUGCCCUCAUCCCAUACACUUCCUAGUCAAAGAGCAGGUGGGAUCGACCUGCGACCUGCUCUCUCUUCCCUUAUCACCACCAGAACUAAACAGGCACAUCCGACACAGCCGGCUCUCAUUCCUGCCUCGACCACUGUCGUUUUCCCGUCUCCCUCAGCCGUCCUAACUUACCCUGUCUCAUACCAUUACUUUUCAUUUGCUGUAUGAAAGAGCAGUGAGAGUGAACCAUGACCGGUCCUUUCCUCCCCUCUGACUGCACCCUUAUCGUUUAAAGUGAUACUUUAACUUUUCAAAUUUCAGUCAUUUUUCCUCACCAGACACUUUCUCGCUUUAUCAGAAAAAGUUUCUUCCCUUAGUCCUUGUCUUGUAUUGCAUUGUUAGCACUCCACCCAUCUGGCAAGAGUCCCAGGAAGACACUAAAAUGAAUUGAAUCUUGUCCCUGACUGAACGCAGAGCCCCUGAUGAGCAAUAUGUGCCAGCAUGCAUCAGAUGCUUUUCUGCCAUUUUUUGGCCAUGUUUUGACUGGAAUGCAUUGCACUAACUGCUCUCCAUGUAGACAGGUGUUUAAAUUCAUUCAUUACCGGUGUCAUUAUCAUCAAUCAGCAUGUCAAUAUGUGGAGGGAGCUGUGCCAGAAACAUUAAAAUUGUACCAGAGCCUGCCACAAAUGAUUAGUUACCCCAAACAGUAGAAUUCGUGGUGAUACGAGGGUUCGACUCUUCACUGAGAGUUUUGCUCCUCGAAGUUCAGACGACUAAAGAUUAGUGAUGAAGGGACCCAUGUCAGUGUCAUGCAGAAAGCAGUAGACAAGUGUUGGCAGGUCUAAUACGGGGGUCCCGGUCACAUGUUAAUUACCGCCAGUUACAGACCUUGAUGCACGCAUGCACACACACACACACACACACACACACACACACAUACACACACACCUCUGUCUGCCGCACCCACCCUCUCUUGCCCAGCGUGGGCUGAGGCUGGGUGCAGAUUCCCCUCCUGCUGUUAGAGAAAUGCCAGUCUCUCCGGCUGCCCUGCAGGGAGGAGGAGGAAGUGGAGACAGGAAGACAAGGGGGAGGGAAAGAGGGAGCGAUGAAGAUGCAGGAGGGAGGCAUAUGGGUGAAAAAAAAAAGACUAAAAUCAAACACAAAGCGUGGAGAGGAAAUGAGAAAG